AGGGCAGGCCUAGGUUUCCGAGGCUGUUGUUGGAGUAUAGGAGGCCAAGGCGGAGUGGCGGCGUAGUUGUAGCUCGAUAUUUUCUGUGCCGUAUCCGAAUUACGAUUGAAUUGGCCACGAUGUUUCUGCAGUAUUACCUUAACGAGCAAGGAGACCGGGUCUACACUCUAAAGAAAACAGACCCUGCAGGACAACAGACCUGUUCAGCUCACCCAGCCAGAUUCUCCCCAGAUGACAAGUACUCAAGACACCGGAUUACUAUCAAGAAGAGAUUCAAAGUUCUCAUGACUCAACAAGCACGCUUGGUACUUUGAGUUACCUCCACCCUCCUCCCCAAGCAAUGGCAACCACCAAGAACUCUUAACUGAAGAACCUUUUCCUAGUCUUCAGAGACCUCAUUCAAGAACUCAGAUCUUUGACUCUUAACCCAUUCUCACAACUUUGAAAUUAUUCCCUUUGUACACUUGCUUCUUGGAAUGUAAUUUGAAUUUGUGUUCUUUGUAUUUGUUAACAAUCAACUUAAGGUGAAAAAGCCUAAAAUUGCCACAUCUUUUCAAUUAAUGCUGUUAGCUAUUAAAGCUAAAAUGAUUUAAA